AUGUCACCCUCCAACCCCUACAACCUGCCACCAAUCAAGGAGCGGCUAUGGGAGACUUUUCACACUUACUACAAACUUGGCUUCACGACCUUUGGUGGCCCUGCGGCUCAUAUCGCUAUCCUCCAUGAUGAAAUGGUCGUCAAGCGCGAAUGGGUCUCCAAUGAACAGUUUACAGAACUUUUUGCCAUCUGUCAAGCUUUACCUGGUCCAGCAAGUACUGAGCUCGCUUACAGUAGCAUCGAAGGAGGGAUCCCCACAUGGGCAACUCGAUUGGAGCAAGGUCUUGCCUCCGCAGCCAUUGGACUCGUUGCCUUGGCAGCCUACAAAAUGUCGACGUCAUUGGCAACAGAUAAGCUGACACGGAUUCUCGCACUGGUGGCUGGAAGUAUCUCGGCCCUCUAUACUGCACCUUGGCUCUUGCCUGUUAUGAUGAUCGCAGGGGGGCUGGUCAGCUACGUAUUCGAUGCCUUCUUGACACCAGCCCAUCAUAAUUGGAAAGAGAAGCGGAUCAGUCGUCGAGAGAAAGCAAAGGCUGAGGAGAAGGAUCUGGAGCAAGGACAAGGCCCCAAGGAAGCAGAGCCCACAGGUUCGCCGGACUCUGAUAAUAUCCAUAAUGAACCAAGCCCAGACACCCACCAGACGGAAGUGAGCGAUAACAAAGCAUCAAGUGUACACGGCACGAUCAGAAGUCGGGGCAAGGCCGAAUCGCCUGCAACUACAGAGAAAGCGGACGAUUUCGUUCUGGAUAACAAGGCGGACAGCGAAAGAAAACCAUUCUCGUAUUCAAAGAAGCUGGGACUUGUUUUCUUUUUGGUCUUUCUCGUCCUCCUCAUUGCCUCUAUCUUGGUCAAGGCCCUCGUCCCUCCUUCUCCUAACGCGGAUUACGGCCCAUUGGUCGCUACCUUCUAUUUUGUUGGAUCCAUCAUCUUUGGCGGCGGCCCAGUGAUCAUUCCGCUCUUGCAAACCUACGUUGUGGACGACUCUAAAUGGAUGACUGCCCAACAGUUCUUGCUGGGCCUCGCUCUGAUCCAGUCCUUGCCCGGUCCCAACUUCAACUUUGCAUGCUUCCUAGGCGCGGUCGCGAUGGUCAAUGCCGGCAAGAGCGGUGUUGCAGGAGCAGCUCUUUGCUUCCUGGCCAUUUUUUUCCCUGGACUGAUCCUCAAGAAUGCCAUCAUUCCCUUUUGGCAGUUUGUACGCGAACAUUCUUCUGUCAAGAUGGUUUUUAGAGGUGUCAAUGCCUGUGCAUUGGGAUUGGUCUUUUCUGCGACGUGGCUCCUCUGGCUCCAGGUGGAUGGACAUGGUGGAAGCAGCGGAUUCCAUGCCGUGAUCGCCAGUGCGGCGUUCGUGGCCUCGGGUUACCUGGGUAUACCAACGCCAUUGGUGAUCAUUGUUGGAGGAGGCAUGGGCGCUAUAGAGUAUGCUGUCUCAGACAAAUAA